UAUCAUCAGACACGUGGAUAAUAAAAGAUGUUGGAUAUGGAACUGAACAAAUUGUUACUUAACCGGGUAGAAUGCCCGGCAUGUUUGGAUUACAUGGUUCUAAAAAUUUACGUAUGCAAGACUGGUCAUAGCGUCUGUCAGAAUUGUUACGGGUCGUUACGUGAAUGUCCCGUCUGUCGGACGGAAUUAACGAGGACAAGGAACUACGACUUGGAAUCAAUCGCGGAGCUUUUGAGUUAUCCUUGCACGAACGAGGGAUGUCCGGAGUUCAUACCUGUUCCGAAAACUAAGAGUCAUAUGCUGAAAUGCAAGUAUCAACUAGUUAAUUGCGUUUUGGGUAAGUGCGUAUGGAAAGGCUUCAAAACAGAUCUGAAGAAUCACGCGUUAGCUGCUCACGAAAAUUUAGCUUGGAUGCAGGAGGAGAGUUUAGAUCGUUGGAGGUUCGAGAUAGACGAAAAGUCUGAGGUUCAGUUGAUCCGAGCUUUUGACGAAAUAUUUUAUAUUCAUAGACAUUAUAUUGGUAACAAUGAACCGUGUAGGUCGAUUAUGUAUUGGGUAGUUCAAUAUAUAGGGAACCCUGAGAUGGCUACGAAGUUUGGAUACACAAUACGUAUAGUUGGUGAGGAUUGCAGCAAUUUUCCAGAGAUAUCAAUGAACCAGAUUUGCGUCGAUGAUACAGUGACAUUUAUGGAUUCAUUAAAUAAUGGAAAAUGCAUAGGCGUUCCAGUGGCAUUGAUGAAGACCUUCAGAAACAAGUACAACAGCGUCUGGUUCAAAGUGAGCAUCAAAGAGCUGAAAUGAUAAGCAGACUCGACGUCUUUUUUAUUUUCUAAUUUUAAAAUUUGAUGUAAUUUCUAUUGAUCGUGUACAUUUUAAACUGUGCCUUUUUAUUUUUAUUCAACCCCUAAUUGACUCGCAAAUAAUCAUACCAAACUGGCUUUGUAUGUAAAUUAUUUGUAAGUUAUAUUUAAUUUGAAUUGUAAGCACCGACAGGUGACUGUAUUUUACUGUAUUAAUUAAUGAUAUAUUACAUAAUAAAAGUAGGUACAUAAAUUG